GUCCAUCACAUCGGCAUAAACAUCAAGGAUAAAAUGGCCGCGCUCAGAGCAGUUGUGAAGCUCAAUCCAAGGAUCGCGUGCCCUCUGGUAAGUCAAGUAAGGUACCGGCGCAUUCGUGGACGAAAUCCAAGGGAACCCCACUUUGAAAAGAAGGCGAUUUUGGAAGCAUGCAAGCCUAUUAUACCGCGACGCACCGAGCCGGAUUGGGAGAGUUGUUACCUGGCCAAGCGCAUUGACGUGGAAAGAGAGCCGCACCCGUACAAUAGAAUAAGAGCAAACAUUCUUCGAAAUGAGCUGCACGAAGCUAAGCUCAUUUGCUUCAUGCAUGAAAAUGCGUCCACUAGAGAGGACAGGAUAAAAGUACACAACAUGCUGUUCAAAAAGAACUAUUUCCUCAAAGCGUACAACAAUGAGACAGUACGACUCGCCAUCACUGGAACCAAGUUUGAGUCUGCGAUGCCUUUUACGCUGUCUCGAAACGCCCUUGUCCUUAGCCCAGAAGCAGACGUGCGAACAUUCUUCAAGUUGAUGAAGAAGAUGCCGCAGUUUAUACUCCUCGCUGGCAUAGUGCACGGACGUUUCCUCAGUAGAGAAGACCUGCAGUGGUUGAGCACAGUGCCAAACAUUGAGUACCUCCAAGGACAGACAUGUGCAAUCCUCGCAUCAGCGGCGUCGAGGACUCUCCAGAUGACUUCUCACCACCAGGCUAAGUUAUCCCAACUUCUGGCAAGCCAUGCCAAUCCUGGCAACGAAAGCACAGCCAAAGAUGAUGCCCCUGCCCAGUCUUCGUGAAGCACUUGUAAUGCAUGUAAAGUUGCUAGUAAAGUUUUAUGAAAUUGC